AUGUAUUGGUCCAGAUCAUCCAGUCGACGUCAUAGUUCGAGACUCCAGGAACAGCGUCUCUUGUUCUUCAGGAACCCCUCUAGCUUCCUGCACAAUGCUGUGAGGUCUGCAGAGAUGAUGCGACUCCCCUAUCGAGCGGUGGUGCCGCGCGCAACUCUACCCCAUGCACGCUUCAGUAGACCUUCUGCGAUUCCUUCCUUGACAAAGGCGUUCAUCGUUAGUCGGCGUACUUCGUCACAUGCCUCUUUCAUCGAGACUGGGCACAUUGACGUGAAAGACGACGAGGGUCUUGUAUUUGUGAAUAAUAUCUUUCCGUCGAAGCUACAAUGGUUGCUACAAGGCCCGCUGAGCGGGACUAAAACCUACGAAGAGGCGUUGAAAAGAAUCAACAGACCCCAUCUGGCGGCGUCGGAUCCAUUGCAUAUAAUCCGCCGUGUCUUCCCCCAGAGCCUGAACGUCGACAUCCGGGAAGUCAUUCCGCGCUUCAGAGAAGGCGGUGCUUUUGUGAAAUAUGUUCGCAAGGAUGGUGUCCGAGACACUGACAUUGUAACCGCUGUGCAGGACCAUCUGGAGCACAAUCCUAUCCGGCCCUGGUUCAACCCGUUUCAGCAGGUCAAGGUUGCCCACGUGCAUGGAAGACCGUGGAUCGAGGAUCUAUAUCGCAUCCCAAGCCAGCGGCUGCGCGUGGAAUUCCUGCCAGGCUCCGUUGAUGGAGCCGCAACGGAACUGACCACGGAAACGUUGUAUUCUUUCUUCAGGAGAUAUGGAAAAUUACGGGACAUUGAGAGACAGCCGACAGAUUCGAAGAUCGCCCCGAGAUAUGCCUUUGUGUCAUUCACGCGGCAAAAGUACGCAGUCAUGGCCAAGAACUGCAUGCACGGAUUCACCAUCCCGGAGCAAGAAGGCGGCGGCAAGUCCGGAACGAGGAUCAAGAUCAAGUACGAGCGGAAGAUCAAGCUAUCCGUCAUCAAGGACUGGAUCUUGAACCAUCCGAGGAUCGUGAUCCCUGCCAUUGCCGCACUCAUUGCGGCCAUCACCGUGACCAUCUUCGACCCUAUUCGCACCUUCUUUAUCGAAAUGAAGAUCAAAGCCACUCUGCAAACUGAGGAGAACAGUGUCCUUCAAUGGAUCCGGAAUCAGGUCAACAAGGCCAACAUCAUCUACUUCGGGCGCCAGAGGACAGAUCCUCGUCGUCUCACUGCGAUCUGGGAGGAUCGCCAGGGAGACAUUAAGCAGUUGCAGUCCUGGCUGAUGGAAAAUGCCGAGACGUUCAUCGUCAUCCACGGCCCUCGAGGCACGGGAAAGCGAGAGCUUGUGUUGGACCGAGCCCUUGAGAACUACAAGUAUAAGGUCGUCAUCGAUUGUAAACAGAUCCAAGACGCCAAAGGCGAUACUGCAAAGAUAGCCCGUGCUGCUAGCCAGGUCGGUUACCGGCCUGUGUUCUCAUGGAUGAACAGCAUGAGCAGCUUUAUCGACCUAGCUGCGCAGGGCAUGAUCGGCACCAAGGCUGGCUUCUCCGAGACAUUGGAUGCGCAGCUCAGCAAGAUCUGGCAGAAUACUGCCACUGCUCUAAAGAAGGUUGCCCUGUCCAACAGGAAAAGUGACGACAAGGAGGCACACCUCUCAGACGAGGAGUACCUAGAAGCUCACCCUGAGAAGCGUCCCGUCGUAGUCAUCGACAACUUUCUGCAUAAUGCCUCUGAGAGCAGUGUGGUGUACGACAAGAUCACCGAGUGGGCUGCAGGCCUCACGACUGGAAACAUCGCUCAUGUAGUAUUCUUGACUACUGACGUUUCCUUCUCCAAACCUCUGAGCAAGGCAUUGCCAAACUCAGUGUUCCGGACCAUUUCCCUAGGCGAUUGCUCGCUCGACGUGGGCAGGAAAUUUGUCCUCAGCCAUCUUGAGCAUGGGGCAAAGGAUGGAGCCAAUUCAGGCCAGAACAUGGAAGAAGUAGGAGACUUGGGUACCCUGGAUAGCUGCAUAGAGGUGCUGGGAGGCCGAGUGACCGACCUUGAAUUCAUGGCACGGCGCAUCGAGACUGGAGAAACGCCCAGAGCGGCAGUUAAUCGCAUCAUCGAACAAUCGGCAUCCGAGAUUUUGAAGAUGUUCGUCUUUGACCCUGACAUUGAAUCCAAACAGUGGAGCCACGAACAGGCCUGGCAUUUAAUUAAGACGCUAGCCCACUCCCAGGAUGGCACUUUGCCGUACAAUCAAGUUCUCCUCUCCGAUUUGUUCAAGGAGAACGGCGAGGCCACCCUCCGAGCCCUUGAACAAGCCGAGCUUAUCGCAAUCAGUUCCGUCAACGGAUGUCCUGACGCAGUGAAGCCGGGCAAGCCUGUCUAUCGGGCGGUAUUUAAGCGGUUAACGGAGAACAAGACGCUGAGUAGCCGGCUGGACCUGGACAUCGUCAAGCAGCUGCUGAGUAGUGAAAACAAGAGCAUUGGGAAAUAUGAGCAGGAGCUGCAGGUAUUGGGAUCUCUCCCCAAGCAGCCCCGGGAGCUCAGCGCACGGAUUCAAUGGCUCCUGCAGAAGGUGGCAAGUUCGCAGAACAAGAUCAGCCAGUACGAGCACGAGAGUGCCAUCUUACAGAAGGUGUUGCGUCGAGAGCAUUGA